GGAAGGGAAAGGAGAAAGCGUGGAGUUUGCGUGAGUCUCCGCAGGAGUCACGGAGGCGGGGAGGCCGGGAGGAAGACAUCAGCGAUGCCCGUCUCCCUCCCCUCCCUCUCGCCGACAAGGUGCAAACUCAGGGGGACCCCGUCUUCUGGGGAGAAAUGAGGGGCUGGCUGCGGAGCCGCCACUGAUGGUGAGCGCUGUAGGGCAGGUGGCCCACAUUUCAUAGCUGAGACUUGGGUGUUACUCGCUUAGAGGCAGAGCCCGGUUUCAAACCCAGGUCUGAUCUUUGCACCCCCGCGCAGCAUGGCUCCUCUGUGAUUUUGGGGCAGGACCCCCGAGAAGGUGGAGGCGCGGGCCGCGGAGGGGCGCAGGUGGGGCGGGGAGCAGGCUGCAGCGCCGCCCUCCUUCUCGGCGCGGGAAGCCGGACACCACGGUCGCCGGCAGUCCCCGAGUCAGCUCCGCGCGGCCGCCGGAACGUUUGCGCGGGCCCCCGCCCCGCGCACGGCGGAAGGACUUGGGCGGCGCCCUCAGAGAGGGUUGGCGGAACUUCCGGGCGGAGCGGCUUCCGGCGGGCCUGGAUGUUGAAUAAUAUAAUACAUUUAAGAAAAAAAUGGAUGAGGAACCUGAAAGAACUAAGCGAUGGGAAGGAGGUUAUGAAAGAACAUGGGAGAUUCUUAAAGAAGAUGAAUCAGGGUCACUUAAAGCUACAAUAGAAGAUAUUCUCUUUAAAGCAAAGAGAAAAAGAGUAUUUGAGCACCAUGGACAAGUUCGACUUGGAAUGAUGCGCCAUCUUUAUGUGGUAGUAGAUGGAUCGAGAACAAUGGAAGACCAAGAUUUAAAGCCAAAUAGACUGACGUGUACUUUAAAGUUGUUGGAAUACUUCGUAGAGGAAUAUUUUGAUCAAAAUCCUAUUAGUCAGAUUGGAAUAAUUAUAACGAAGAGUAAAAGAGCUGAAAAGCUGACAGAACUCUCAGGGAGCCCGAGGAAACACAUAAUGUCUCUGAAGAAAGCCGUGGCUAUGACGUGCCAUGGAGAGCCGUCUCUUUAUAACUCCUUGAGCAUGGCUAUGCAGACUCUGAAACACAUGCCCGGCCACACGAGUCGAGAAGUCCUGAUCAUCUUCAGCAGCCUCACAACCUGCGACCCGUCUGACAUCUAUGACCUCAUCAAGACGCUAAAGGCAGCUAAAAUUCGCGUGUCUGUGAUUGGAUUGUCUGCCGAGGUUCGGGUCUGCACCGUGCUUGCUCGUGAAACUGGUGGCACAUACCAUGUUAUUUUAGAUGAAAGCCAUUACAAAGAAUUGCUAACACAUCACGUUAGUCCCCCUCCUGCCAGCUCAAAUUCUGAAUGCUCGCUUAUUCGUAUGGGAUUUCCUCAGCAUACAAUUGCUUCUCUGUCUGAUCAAGAUGCAAAACCGUCUUUCAGCAUGGCGCAUCUGGAUAGCAGCUCCGAGCCGGGACUUACGCUGGGAGGCUAUUUCUGCCCCCAGUGCCGGGCGAAGUACUGUGAGCUGCCUGUGGAAUGUAAAAUCUGUGGUCUGACUUUGGUGUCUGCUCCCCAUUUGGCACGAUCUUACCAUCAUUUAUUUCCUUUGGAUGCUUUUCAAGAAAUUCCCCUAGAAGAACAUAAUGGAGAAAGAUUUUGUUAUGGAUGUCAGGGGGAACUGAAAGACCAGCAUGUCUACGUCUGCGCUGUGUGCCGGCAUGUCUUCUGCGUGGACUGCGACGUGUUCGUGCACGACUCUCUGCACUGUUGUCCUGGCUGCGUGCACACCAUGCCGGCUCCUGCGAGUGUGUGACCCCCGCACACGCACGCAAUAUGCGUGCUGGAAAGCACGCUGUGGUUGUAAAGAAAAUGACUCUAGGAAAGACGCCAAUUAAAACAUGAGGAACAGUUUGGAAGGAAAAUCUGACUGAAGAAAUUUUUUACUAAGAAAAUGUAGUAUUUUAUUGCAUUUAAAAGUUUGUGUUCCAGAAACGCCUGGACUUCAAUAGGACUUCAUUUAGUUUGUUUACUAUUAUUUUGAGUUACGUUUUCAAAGUCAUAUGUAUUAUUGUAUUUCAGUUACUUAUAAUGCUUAAAUUGAUAUGAUAAUUUCAUUGUUUUAUAAUUAAAUACAGAAUCUCUGUGAUUUAUUUUUACUUGUUUUUAGUGUAAAAGGAAAAUUAUGUAUAUGUGUAAAUUCAGCAUAGGAUGAAGUGAAUCCUAGCUAUGAAAUUAUAUACUGCUCUACCCACCCAAGGGGUCUUUUUUGGCUUAACUAAACAAUCAGAAUAUAAUUAUAAAAUUAA